CAUUGCACCUCUGCCUCUGCACCCUGUCCGCAGCUCGCGCUCCGUUAGCUGACAGCUCCGCCGCGCAUGCGCAGGGCGUCUCCACUGGCUCGCUCGGUGCUGAAGUUGGGCGGAUGGACGGAAAACACCGCUGAUGGAGAUAAAACGGCAGCAUGCAAACUCAACGCGUGAUACCCCCGAUAUCCGCAUAAACACGUGUAACGACACCCUUUUAGAAGACUGACAUCUAGAACAAAAGGGAUGUCUUAUCCUGGAUCAUUUAGCCCGUGACUCAAGGAAAGGGUGUGCCUGCAAAUACCAGGUGUUGAAACCACCUCCACCCACCUCCUGCGUUCUUCAUCAGGCAUGAUAAGAGAAGAUACAAGAGGCCACAAUUUGUUUUCCAGCACUCUGCCCGUAACGUUUGACAUUACCGUCAUGAUUUUCUUACCUGAUCUUCGGAUGGAUCGCUGCUAAUUUGCAUGCCUCAGAGUGUGAGUGGAGUUGAAAUGAGGAAAAGGCAGCAGGGACGUAUUGAAGGACCCCCACAGGCGCCUGGUCACCCGAGGCCCAACACCUGCUGUCUUUGCUGGUGUGGAUGCUGCAAAUGCCUCUGGAAUGAAGACAGAAGGGAACGUUCAGAGAGGCAAACAUGUACAAAGAUGGAUAGCAUAGAAGCAACAGAGGAACAGUGUCCCACACUGGAUGAGAUGAUUGCCUGGUCACGGAGCUUUGAGAUGAUGAUGCGCUCUCCAGAGGGGAGGGAUGUUUUCCGGAAUUUUUUACGGUCUGAGUACAGCGAAGAAAACCUGAUGUUCUGGAUCUCCUGUGAGGAGCUGAAGAAAGAAACCAACCCAUCCGUUAUCGAUGAAAAAGCCAGGAUCAUUUAUGAAGACUACGUCUCCAUUCUUUCACCAAAAGAGGUCAGCUUGGAUUCACGGGUGAGGGAAGGCAUCAACCAAAGCCUGGCAGAACCCAGCAGUUUGAUGUAUGAGGAGGCCCAGCUACAGAUCUACACCCUCAUGCACAGAGACUCCUUCCCCCGAUUUCUCAACUCAUCUGUUUACAGGGAUCUCCUUAACAGCAAGAGGGCUUGCUUAGACACCUAGGUUUCAGCAAGAACAUUUGAGACAAAAAAGCCCCAAGGUGCCACUUUCAAAAGGUGUGAUGUUUCUUAUUUCAAGAGUGAGUAGUUAAGCAAUUCUGAACAUCCACUAGUGACCCUAAAGUUGAGUUCUGUUUAAGUGCCAAUAUGAGCUGCUCAGGCAACUGUGACACAAAAAAAAACAUGUAGAAAAACCGACAGACCCAUACUUCCUACUCUCAACUUGUCUUUUUCAUUUACCUAUUUUCCUGUUUACCUCACCUGUUCUCUCUCUUUCUCUCAUGUUCUUUCUACCUGAUCCUUUCCAUCUUUUAUGACUCACAUGUCUGAGGACAGCUGAAUAAUGCUAUUUUUUUUAAAAGAAAAUCAAAAAACAAACGGAUAAGCGGUAGAUGUUGAGCUAGAAAACCUUUGCAUGAUACAAGGUUAUGGAAUUUACUCCAGUUUGACAUUCAAGCCUCGGUCUACAAUGUUUUUGAAUA